AUUCUUAGCUGGAAGUAACUCAUUCACCACAAGCGCUGAGAGAAAUCGUGAGAGACAUCAAGGAGAAGCUACUAAUCCAAUUCAGGAUUUUCCUUUAGGGAUAUUGAAAAUGGCGAAAGAGAACAGUAGUCAUCACCUUGCGGAAGCAAAGAGAAAGAGACUCACUUGGAUUCUUUGUGUAAGUGGACUUUGCAUAUUGUCUUAUGUUCUUGGAUCUUGGCAAAACAACACUGUCCCAACUUCUUCCUCGGAGGCUUACUCAAGAAUGGGAUGUGAUGAAACAACAACAACCACUCGGGCUCAGACUACUCAGACUCAAACAAAUCCUUCUUCUAAUGAUGAUGAUAAUCUCUCCUCUUUGUCAUCCACAGAACCAGUUGAGUUAGAUUUCGAAAGCCAUCACAAACUCGAGCUGAAGAUUACUAAUCAAACGGUGAAGUAUUUUGAGCCAUGUGACAUGUCUUUGAGUGAGUACACUCCAUGUGAAGAUCGAGAAAGAGGAAGAAGAUUCGAUAGGAACAUGAUGAAAUACAGAGAGAGACAUUGUCCUUCUAAAGAUGAGCUUCUUUAUUGUUUGAUUCCUCCUCCACCAAACUACAAGAUUCCAUUCAAAUGGCCUCAAAGUAGAGACUAUGCUUGGUACGACAACAUUCCACACAAAGAGCUAAGUAUUGAGAAAGCUAUUCAGAAUUGGAUUCAAGUCGAAGGUGAAAGAUUUAGAUUCCCUGGUGGUGGCACAAUGUUUCCACGUGGAGCUGAUGCUUACAUUGAUGAUAUUGCUAGACUCAUUCCUCUUACUGAUGGAGCCAUUAGAACAGCUAUUGAUACUGGAUGUGGUGUGGCGAGUUUUGGUGCUUACUUGUUGAAGAGAGAUAUUGUGGCUAUGUCAUUUGCUCCAAGAGACACACAUGAAGCUCAAGUUCAAUUUGCGUUGGAACGUGGAGUUCCUGCGAUUAUCGGGAUUAUGGGAUCAAGAAGGCUUCCUUAUCCAGCUAGAGCUUUUGAUCUUGCUCACUGUUCUCGUUGUUUGAUUCCUUGGUUUCAGAACGAUGGUUUGUACUUGACCGAAGUGGACCGGGUUUUAAGACCGGGCGGUUAUUGGAUCCUUUCGGGUCCACCGAUCAACUGGAAGAAAUACUGGAAAGGCUGGGAAAGAUCACAAGAGGAUUUAAAGCAAGAGCAAGAUUCUAUAGAAGAUGCAGCAAGAAGUCUUUGUUGGAAGAAAGUUACAGAAAAAGGUGAUUUAUCAAUUUGGCAAAAGCCCAUAAAUCACAUUGAGUGUAACAAACUCAAACGAGUUCACAAAUCUCCUCCUCUAUGCAGUAAAUCAGAUCUACCCGAUUUUGCUUGGUACAAAGACUUGGAAUCUUGUGUAACACCAUUGCCAGAAGCAAACAGUCCAGACGAAUUCGCAGGCGGUGCAUUGGAGGAUUGGCCUGACCGAGCUUUUGCGGUCCCACCUAGGAUAAUCCGGGGAACUAUACCGGACACCAAUGCUGAGAAAUUCAGAGAAGACAAUGAAGUGUGGAAGGAGAGAAUAGCAUAUUACAAACAGAUAAUGCCUGAGCUUUCAAAGGGAAGAUUCAGGAACAUAAUGGACAUGAAUGCUUACCUCGGAGGAUUUGCUGCGGCAAUGAUGAAAUAUCCAUCUUGGGUUAUGAAUGUGGUUCCUGUGGAUGCCGAGAAGCAAACAUUAGGGCAUUUAUGAGAACAGGUGUGAUGUGACAUUGUUACUACUUGAGAUGGAUAGAAUUUUGAGACCAGAAGGAACCGUGGUGUUUAGAGACACUGUGGAAAUGUUGACGAAGAUACAAAGCAUAACCAAUGGAAUGAGGUGGAAGAGUCGGAUUUUGGAUCAUGAGAAAGGACCUUUUAAUCCUGAGAAGAUCCUUCUCGCUGUAAAAUCCUAUUGGACCGGUCCUUCUUCUUAGCUAGUUCCAGCUUUCUUGGAACUCUCUACUCUAAUCUUCUUUAUCUUGUGUGCCUCAUCUUUGUCCUUUUUUUUUUUACUGUUUGUUUAAAAAGAUUUCUAUGAUUAUAUAAGAAAAUACAGGGAGAAUCAACAUUUUCAUAGAUU